AUGGCGGCCGCAGCGGAUCCCCUCAGCAUUGCGGUGGUCGGGGGUGGCAUAGCAGGACUCACGCUGGCCAUCGCGAUGCUAGAAAAAUGCCCACACAUUCAUGUUACACUAUAUGAGUCUGCGAAAACGUUCGGGGAGAUAGGUGCAGGGGUUGGUUUUGAACCCGUCAUGGUUCGCACCAUGGGACUAAUCGACCCACGCAUCGCAGCUGCAUUUGAGAAAUGCAGCAAAGGGAAUACGGCGACGGAACCUCCACGGUGGUUUACUGUAAGGAUUGGCGACGAGCGGAAGAAGGAUGUUAGAUCGGGGGAGGAGGUCUUCGUCAUGCCAGCAAGGACAGGCCCUCGAGGCGGGGUGCACCGAGCGCACUUCUUGGAUGAAUUAGUCAAGUUGCUGCCGGAGGGUAUUACGCAAUUCAGAAAGAGAUUGCAAAACAUCACAGAAACAGAGGAUGAUUCAGGAAGGGUGAUUCUUCAUUUCACUGAUGGAUCAAAGGUGCUGCAUGACGCUGUACUGGGAUGCGAUGGAAUCAAAUCGCGCACGCGAUCUAUACUGCUCGGCGACUCCAUGGAAUCAAAAGCCGUCUUUUCCGGGAAAUACGCCUACCGUGGACUAAUACCCAUGGCCAAGGCUAUCGAUAUAAUGGGCGAGGGUACACCGGAGACGCCGCAACUCUACAUGGGUUAUCGUGGUCAUGUACUCACCUUUCCCAUCGCGAACGGAACACUCUUUAACGUGGUAGCCUUCUCUUCUCGCCCCACAUGGGACCAGCCAGAAUGGGUAGUGCAGACGUCUCGUGAAGACAUGUUGAACGACUACAAACACUGGAAUCCCGCUGUGCGCACCAUCAUGGAGAACCUACAGAAGCCUGAUAUCUGGGCGCUCUUUGAUCACCCACCCGCGCCAACUUACUACUCCACCAAGCCACUCUUAUGUCUUGUCGGCGAUGCAGCCCAUGCUUCGACACCUCACCAAGGGGCUGGCGCUGGAAUGGGCAUCGAGGACGUCUACAUCCUCAGUGAACUACUUUCUCAAUGUAAUGCAAAAAGCGACAUUACGAAGGCUUUUCAAGCAUAUGACGCGGUGAGGAGACCACGCAGCCAGAAACUGGUCAAGACAAGUCGCGAAGCAGGCAUGCUGUGGGAACUUGAAGGAGAAGGUGUGGGAGAUGAUCUUGAAGCACUCAAGCAAAACGCAUUGACUAGGAUGAACUGGAUUUGGGACUAUGAUAUCACAGAGGAUCUGACACGAGCAACAGGACUCAUGAGGAAUGGAGCAAGUGCGGCAGUACCGUAG